AUGGCGGCGCACAAACCGCAAGAUUCAGAGCGACUGCUUCAAGAGACUGAAGCAGGAUCUGAACAGCCUUACCGCGGACAGAAACACUCGAGCGAACGUCCUUGGAAGAAAGGCUUUCCUUGGAUCUUGAACCUCAUCCUCAGCAUCACAGUCAUCGUUCUCGUUACACAGCUCCUUCGAGGCGACAAAUACCAACACACCGGCGACGUCAACGGCCUCGCACCACGCUUCAAGCAACGAGUCCAACUCUUCCACCCAUCAAAAGAAGCCACCGCCAGCAUCGGCCACCCAGACCAAAAAGCCGCCACCGACGCUUUCUGGCGCACUUUCGCCCCCGAUGGCUUCGGCCUCCUCAACAUAGCAGACUACACCCCCAAACGCUACCCAGACCUCGCUCCUCCCACAUUCGAGCCCGGCGGGUACAACCUCGUUGACACUUCCAUGGCGCAUCAACUUCACUGUCUCCGCAGCAUCAUGGACGCAUACAACGAUUUGGCUGAGAAAGUCGCAAACAAUGGGACUAGUGGGUCGCAGAUGGAGAUGAAAGAAGGGAAACAUCACGAUCAUUCGUGGCAUUUGGGACAUUGUUUCGAUUAUAUCCGACAGGGGAUUAUGUGUUGCGGGGAUACGGCGUUGGAGGGCGCGGCGACGACGUUUCCGGAUGGGAUUAAGGGGAGUGAUGGGUGGAAUGCGAAGCAUGUUUGUAAGGAUUAUGAGGAGGUUAAGGGGUGGAUUGUGGGGAUGGAGCCGAAGUGA